GCAGGUACGCAGCAGCUUAUCUCUACAAUGGCCUCUUCAGUCUUCACAUCACAUGUCGCCAUUUUGUUUUAGGUACACAGUGUCCCAAUUCAUAUUUACAUAAAUAGAAAAUCUCUCUCUCUCUAAACCACAUCUUCCUCUACUUUCUCCACCGUUCUUUCUCUCUUCUCUCUCUCUCUCUCUCUGGGCUUCAACUUCUGGAGAAGUACUAAACAUUUAUAAGGUACUGCUCAUCACCCAACACUCACACAAUUGUCAAAAAGUGUGGUGGAAGGAGGAUCUACUUCUCUCUAUCGAUCAGUCAUAUCUUUUCAAUCAAAUCAAACCCUUCUCUUACCCCUUUUUGUUUCACAAAAAAAAAAAGAAAAAGAAAAAGAAAAGAAAAGUAAAAGAAAGAGUCGAUGUCGAGCAUGUCCAUGUCGUCCUCCUCAGCUCCAGCUUAUCCACCGGACCACAUCUCAUCUUCGGACCAGCUCUGUUACGUCCAUUGCAACUUCUGCGACACUGUCCUUGCUGUGAGUGUUCCUCCGAGUAGUUUGUUCAAGACGGUGACGGUGAGAUGCGGACACUGUUCAAAUCUUUUGUCGGUCGCUGUGAACAUGAGAGCUCUUCUUCUUCCCUCCGUUUCCAACAUUGGCCAUUCUUUUAUAUCUCCUACUCCUCCUCCUCCCCCCAAUCUUUUGGAGGAGAUGCGAAGCGGAGGGCAGAAUAUAAACAUGAACAUGAUAAUGAGCCAUCAUCACGGUGGAGCUCACCACCCAAACGAGUCUUUGGCAAUGGGGACUCGCAACGGAAGAGUGGAUCAUCAUCUGCAGGAGAUGCCUCGGCCACCACCAGCCAAUAGACCAGCCCCGGAGAAGCGACAAAGAGUACCAUCUGCUUACAACCGAUUUAUCAAGGAGGAGAUCCAACGUAUAAAGGCAGGCAACCCUGAUAUCAGCCACAGAGAGGCCUUCAGUGCUGCUGCCAAAAACUGGGCUCAUUUCCCUCACAUACACUUUGGUCUCAUGGCGGAUCAUCCUCCAACCAAGAAGGCUAACGUGCGCCAACAGGAAGGAGAGGAUGUGAUGAUGGGAUCAAGUAGAGAAGGGUUCUACGGCUCAGCUGCCAAUGUUGGGGUUACCCAUAAUUAACUACGUGCAUGCUACCCUCCUCCUUUGCCUUAUAAUUAGGACCAGACUACCCUCCCUCUGCUGCUACUUCCCCAAUUCCAAUCUUUCUAUUUCUGCUUCAAAUUAUUUAUAUAUUGUGGCUACUUUUCAGCUCUAUCAAAACUUAACUUAUUAUGAUGUUGAUGAUAAUCGAUCGAUCAGGAAACUUUUUCGCUUUUUAA